GAAAAAUAAACGCGCAUCGUAUUGUGUUAUCAUUCAUCACCGGCACCGUACUGUUCAGAAUUGGCGUUUAUAUAUUAAUACAGGGCCGCUCGCGGAACGCAUAUUAGUCGAAAUUAGCCUUGCGCACGAAGCAAAGUCACAGCACAUGCAAAAUAGCAGAUUGUUGAUUUUUUUUGCGUGAAGUUUGGAAUAGUGUGUAGAUUAUUUUGUGACAAAAUGAUUCGAAAAGGCUUCAUCGUCUGCAUGAUGAUUUGCGCUACGUAUGUAGUCGCAACAUCUGCAAAACGCUUUGGCCCAUGGCAGACAGGAUCUUAUCGCCGUCGGGCCCAACGUCAACGUCGUUCGGCCUUAGAUACGCGUUUUAUGGACAUCGCAAGAAAAGCAUUCACUUCGCUUGCGACUGACAAGAGUCUCAAACCAAACAACAAGUUUCAUCGCGCGAUCGACGAAAUCGAGAAAGCGCUCGCCAGCAUGCAGGCGCAAAAAGGAGUACUCUCGUUUGACCAAAAGGAGGCGGAAGAAUUUAUGAAAAUCUUAGAACGGUCUGCAAAGUCGGGAAACAUCGAGGCCUUUCGACAGGUUUUAGGAAGAGCGAUAUUUCAUAACAUGACUCGGCUCAGCUCUAGCAAGCAGGCCACUGGCCAAAGCGACGAUAGGAAAGCGCUGUUGGAUGGGGCCAAAGCAUUCUUAAGCGAUAUCAAACAGCAAAUUGGCAAGGAGCACUUUGAGGAGCUCAUUAGCAUAAAUGGCGAGGUAAUUGCUUAAACUUAUAUUGAAAUAUUUAAUGCUUUUCUAAGGUGAGGUAUUUAGUUAAACUAUUUUGAAGUAUGCUGAUGUUUUUUCUAAAUGUUUGUACAAAGCACAUGUAUUUGUUGUUUAGAACAGUUUAAACCAGGAAUAAACAAUAAGUUAGUGCCAAAAAUUGCGCAAACCAUGGAGUAUUUUAACAAAAUACAAAACAAUAGUAACAGUAAGCAUUCUGAAAUUGUGUCGACUAGAAUAUAGUACAUUUGCACAUACUGUGAGGAAAUCGUCUUUUGGUUUCUGAAUGCAGCAAACUUUUGGGACCUAGCUAUAAUUAUGUACUAGUUAAAACAUGAGCAGCCAAUCUUUAUCUAUUUUAGUCCUAUUGUAACCCGAACAUGCCAUAAACAGUCUGAUUCCUAUCCGAAUUUCACCGCAGACCAAAGGCAAUUAAUUAGCUGAGGAUCUUCAUUUAGAAAUUAGUGUACGAUAUAAUUUUAGCCAAUCAAAACUGCUGAUGUUAAAUUUAAUUAAAGCAAUAAUUAAGAACAUGAUUACAAAUUCAAGUUAUAGCCAACUAUAAUGAUCAGUAGAUCUUCCUAAUGUUAUGGCAAUGUCACCAUAAUUUAAUUAAAGCAAUAAUUAAGGACAUGAUUGCAAAUUCACGUUAUAGCCAACUACAGGGUGUAUAAAAAAAGGAGACCUUUAGAAAUCAAGCAUAUUGUUAAAAUUUGAAUGCCUUUUCAAUUGCACAUAUGCUGAACCGUGGUGCGUGAAAUAUUGAUGAGUGCAUAUAUUAGAAAAACGGGACCUUUUGAAAUCAACCAUUGUAAUAAUUUGAAUCCUGGAGCACUUUGCUAAGCCCACGAGUGUGUAACAUGCGAUCUACGUACAGUAUACAUGGCAGAUUGUUCCCAGGAGCAGACAAUCUUUUGUUUAAACGUUAUUUCAAUUUCUAAAGGUCUCCUUUUUCUAAUUUAUGCACCCCAUCAAUAGACAGGUUCAGAUUUGACUUCCACUACCACUACCGCUACCUUUGACGGCUCCAUUGGUAGCGGUCGCGACGGACUGUUUAGACCUGUUCAGAUUAGACUUCUCCCGACGACCAUAAAUCGCUUUGUUAUGGUCCCAAAACAAAAACAUGCGACGAUUUCCUCACGCUCUUGCAGUUACUGCGCAUGCGUAACACAUUUAAGGUAGCGGUAGUGGUAGUGGAAGUCAAAUCUGAACCUGUCUAAUAUUUCACGCACUUCGGUUCAGCAUAUGUGCAAUUGAAAAGGCAUUCAAAUUUUAACAAUUUAAUUCAUUUGAUUUCUAAAGGUCUCCUUUUUUUUAUACACCCUGCAAGAUCAAUAGAUCUCCCUAAUAUGUUAUGGCAAUGUCACCCAAAUCAUGCAAGUAAAUAUAACGCUCCCACAUACUGGUUUUCACUUGCGAGUUACGACGCAAUCACAAGGGACGUAAAGCAUGGCUUUCCUUCUGAUUGCAGAAGGAUUUUGUAGAUGGCAAUUUCGAGUGUGAAUUUUCUAAAUUUAUUAGUAAACGGAUACUCGAGUUUUAAAAUAAAUCAAUAAUAUUCAUAACAAAUCAGGUUGCUAUAAUAGAUACACUCAGAUUCCCAUACAAGACGUGCGCAGUAGAUGAUUCAAACUAUUUAUACCUCAUCUACUGUUGACAAAGCCAACAUUCAACUUUCAAGUUCGAGCGGUUAGAGCAAGUCCUACUGUUAGUAUUGAUAUUGUUUAAUUGUUAAUUCAAUUAGAUAAACAUGGGGAAGUAUAUUUAUCAUGGAAAACAAACCAAACAUUUUUGGAAUUUUUUUACAGAAAUAAACAGCCGGUUUCCAAAUCCAUAGAGUCCAAGGCCCGGUUGUAUAAAAAGUGACUACAGUUAGUGCGAAAGUUAACCAAUGAAAACCGCGAACUUCAAAGUUAACUAUAAAAUAAAAGUGGUUAAUUAAGAUUUUUACACAACUGAGCCAGACAUGGAGAAAUACGGUCGAAGCUUUCCUUAUUCCGACACCUCCCUUACGAAAAAUUUCCGAUCUCCGGCCCAACAUAUGUAAUUCUCAUAGAUUUUCUUUUUAAAAUGCCUAGUCUAUAAAAUGAAGCUGUAUUCCUCAAGUUUUAGAAGAAGUGUGACUGUAUUUAUUAUAUGGAUGCCAAAUUGUCAACAACCCUUGUUUUCACUAACAAAUCAAGCCGUGAAGGAGCUUAAUUGUCUACCUGAUACAAGUCCUGCUGAUUUAUAAAACAUUUAAGUUCAUUUUUUUCACCAAAUAUCAUUUAUGUGUUUAAGGACUUUAAAAACUAUUGAAAGAAAAGGAAUAUUACAUACGAUUCCAAGAAAAAAUCACAAAAAAUAUUACCCCAAGGGAAUCGGGUGGUCAGAGGAACAUUUUGUUCUCGAAUUAGUACCCAUUCGUAGGCAAAAUCAACACUUCUAUAUAAAAUAGCCAUGCGUUCGCUUUGUUUAUUCAAUUAAACAUAGACUAACUCUCAGUUUAUUUUCUCAUUGCAAAACAUUGCAUGCCUAAAAUAAACGUGGGAAUUUUUUGUUUUGUCCUGUUGCCAAUUUACCAAUCUCCCUCCUGUCGAGAAAUAGUCGCGACCGAAGUGUAAUAGCUCCAUGGGAAAUAAUUGUUGUCAGAUGGACAAAAUAUAUUCAGAGUAUAGAUUUCAUUGAACUCAUAUGGGAUGAACCAUAAUAGCCUAAAUAGACGAAAUUAUGGCGAUGACUGACGAGGAUUUUGAAAUAACUACUUUGAAAUCACUCGUGUCUAUAUGGACUUGUUUUUCAUAUCAAUCCAUUUCUCGGACUUGAAAUGGGAUGAUCCUUUUGGAGCGGGGUGCAGGCAAGGGGAGCGGGUACAGGUAAAAGGGGCGAGUAAUUUUUCCGAGGACUAUACGCCGGUUGGAAAAAUAACCAGCAUAACAAAUUAAUUUGCGAGAUUUUAAAAGCCUGAAUAUCACACGUAUUAUACUAUUAUAACUAUUAGUUUUGCCUCAUUUUUGAAAACGUCCAAGCAUUGACAUGCACGAGUGCUUUUUGUAAAAAUUUACACGGCAGGAAAAAAAUUUUUCUUCCUGGGAGCACAACCUGGAGCCAAGUAUUUUUGUGCUAAAUUUGCAUGUGCAUAAACAUAUAGUGUUCUAUAGUUGACCAUGGUUUUAAAUUCAAGGAAUAAUGUCUGUCAACCAUAUGUUGUUGCGCCCAUAGUGGGACAUGGGUGUUAAGGUUUCCUUCAUAUUUUCAAUACCAAAUCUUCAUUCAAACGAAUGUCCUGCAGCUGAUUAACAUUUCCUGCGAGCAGUGCUCGCGUGCUAGCCUUUCCACCCCUGGAUGUUUAUAUCUUGUUAUAUGUUUGUGAUGUUGUCUCUGAGUGUUUGCAUACCGGGCAAGCUGAAACGUUUGCACGACGGCAGUGGGAAUCGAACCCACGACCUUUGGUUUGCUAGUCCAAUGCUCUACCAACUGAGUUACGAGGUCAAGUCGGUUCGAGGGAGUGAUAUUUCGGAACUCAGUCUAUAUAGUUUCUUCGAUUUCAGUGUGUUUUUCUAUGAUCUUAAAUAUUUUUUCAUAACACCAGAAACAAAAAAAUUCAAGAUUGUUUAUCUUGUUGCCAAUGACCUGAUGUGUUUCCUCUUGCACGGUAAAGAAGAAUAAAAGAAGAUUUUUAGUCUCCAAUUGAAAUCUUCUUUAUAUAAUAAGAGAGAAUAAAUGAAGAAUGAUUUAAAACAUUCACCAUUUUUUCUUCUUGUUACAUAUUGCUAUGUUUAUCAUCGUCUAGGUUACUUUGGUGUUUGUCAUCGACUCAACAGGAAGUAUGAAAGAAGAUAUAGAAGCAGCAAAAGCUGUUGCUGAAGAAAUCAUUUCACAUAAACGCGAAGUUCCUGUCAAUUUUAUAUUAUCCACUUUCAGUGAUCCAGGUAUGUUGGCAUCUAGUGCGUGCACUGAUCGAGGCCAUCGAACAGCAUAUUAUGACCAGCUGUAUACGAUUACUACCAUUCCACUCCGUCUCGUUUUGCUUACACACUUGGGGUGUUAUGGUGUGGCCCUCUAUAUAGUUGCUGUAAAUUUCAUCCCUGAAACCUUUUUAACUAAAAUGUAACUUUUAACGAAAAAUUAUGUCAGGGUUGAAAACACUGUCUUUAUCACAAUUUUGUUGCCAUAAUUAAUCAGGUUUCUUUCAGAGACAUAGCUAUGAAACACAAGGGGGUGGGGGAAUUAACCUGACCCAUUCGCCCCCAUAGUUUCCACCACUGUUGCAUGUUCAACACCAGAUCGGCAGGCAGUAAUCUGACCUGCGCGUUCUUUGCGAUUCUCAUGCAUUGCUCUGAUCACUUUCACUGCAUUUAUAGUUGCUUGGUUUUUUAUUCCUUUUCUUGUAUUUUUUGAAGAUGUCGCUCCAGUUGUGUACCACGAUGAGCAUGAUCUUCCACAAGCGAUCUCAGCCAUUGGAAAUAUCACUGUAGAUGGCGGUGGUGACUGUCCUGAGAUGGCAUUUGAAGGACUACUCCAGGCUCUUUAUUACAGCCCGAUGCCCGGUUCUGCUAUGUAUGUGUUCACUGACGCGUACGCUAAAGAUGACACUCGAGAAAAUAUCGAAACAGUGACUGCGUUAGCCAUAGAUCUUGGGAUCUCUGUUUACUUCUUUACAAGCGGAGACUGUGGUGGACAUAUAUCUAAGAUGGCAAGUUUCAGGAGUGUGGCGCAAGCGACAGGCGGGCUUAUGUUUCCGCUGCAUAGCUCCAAGGAGAUUAGAAAACUUGCAAAAUUCGUGAAACAAAACCUCCAAGGCGGAGCAACUGUGGACUCGAAUACAGUCAAUGAAACCAAAACAAAAAGCUAUACUAUUGUUGUUGAUGACACCAUAAAAACUUUAGUACUCACAGUAAUAAUGUCAAAGAUGGGCACAAAUGUACGGCUAAUGUCCCCGAAUGGUGUUGAGCAAAAUGCAACGAAUCGACUGGAUAUGAAUGUAAUCUUCGAUGUGGGGAAUCCAACACCUGGAAACUGGACGCUGGAAGUUCCAUCAUCAGCAGGCGAUAUAGAGUACCUCGUGAGGACCAUCAGUAAACUGAAUAUUGAUUUCAGUCAUUAUUAUUUUAAGUAUCUUCCAAAGAAGAGCAGUAGAGAUCAUAUCCCUGUCGUUCAUCCGUUAUUAGGUAAGUAAAAGGAAUGGGAAUCUCUUCUUCUUUUACGCAGUUCCCUGACUGACCCGGCCGUCCGCUGCUCGGAUUCUUGUCCUGCAUGCUUUUCUCUGUCCCUCGCCAUGCCUCUGCAUGUCAAUUCUUGAUAUUUAUAUCGUCACUGACCGGCUCCUUUAUAUCUCUUCUUAUUUCGUAUCCAUACCAUCUCAGCCUUGCUUCCCUCACCUUUUCCGCAACGUCUACCACCGCACAUCUCUUCACUCCAUAAUGUCUCUGACCGGCUCUCCUCAUUUCUUCUUAUCACAUACCCUUCUCUAUCCCAGCCUCGCAGUAUCUACCACUCCACACCUUCUAAUCUCGUCAUUUCAGAAUGUCUCUGACCGGUUCUCAUUCAUCUCCUCUCAAUAUGUCCCCAUACCAUUGUUGCCCCAUUCAUCCGAGCUCGAGGCCCACAAUACACAUGGUCGACAACUAAGGCCUAAGAGUUAAAUGUUUCUUGAAGGAGAGGGUGGUGUAGGGCACGGAUAAAAAUUAUCAAAAGAAAAGGUAGCAACCAACCAACCACAACUCUACUCAAACGAGUUUUCAAGCACAUCAAGUCUGCACAGGUAUCCCCGAAGUUCAGCAAUAUUAUAGAGAGCUUAAGCUUCGCGUUAUACGUCAAACGGCAAAUUGGCGGCAAAGAAGAAUUUUACGGUAUCAGGCAAUAAAGAGUAAGUUAACUUGCUGUUUUAAAACUGCAAUGCAUGAUUAUUCUUUCGACACAAGAAAGAAAAUAUGAAACGAAAACGUUCAAUGAAAAGUUUGCCAAGAAAGUUCGAAUCUGCCGUUUGCCGUUCCCGGAAACGUGGAGCUUAAACUCCCUAAUAUCCCAUGCACCCUCGACCUACAGUAGCAGGUUUAACUCAGAGGAAAAGGACAGCGAACUAACCGUAUAUGUCGCCUGUACCUUCUAGCAUAAAAUAUGUUGGCAUGAUUUUUCCCCCGCAGGUGAAGACGCAAUGGUGAUGUUCACAAUUUACGAGAUGCAACAUGUCGAUAACAGCUCGCUUCAUCUCAACGUUGUCUACAAGAACGGCACAUAUGGCGGAAAAUUUAAACUGAAUCCAGUUGGAAAGAGUGGAUUUCGUUUCCUUGCAAAAAUUAGAGUCGACAAACGUCCAUACAAGCUACAACUGGUAGGCAGAACAAAAUCAGGACAUAUGUUUACUCGACUUGCACAGGCUUACGACGAAGCGAAACCGUUCCGUUUGAGGGUGGUUUAUGCCAGUAGGUACACCUUGCCCAUUGGAAAAAUUUCGAAGUUAAUCCUGGCCAUUGAUAAUCCUUCUGCAGAGAAUUAUGGAUUUGAUGUGAAUGAUGGCUUUGGUUACGCCCUAGAUGUGAUACCACAAGGAAGACAUAUGCGGAAUGCACGGCGAAGAAUUUUCGAGCUGAGGUUUGAAGUGCCUGCCAAUGCUACUGCGAAUAUCAACAAGACCAAUCGAGUCGUGAUUAAAGCUAUCGGAAGUAAAACUGGUAUUGUUAGUACUGAAAUCACUCAUUUGCUUAUUACGCCAAAGCAAUUGACCUAGCACAAUUUGGUGAACAGUCACAUUUUGUUUAAGUAAAGGCAGUAUAUAUAUAUAUAUAUAUAUAUAUAUAUAUAUAUAUAUAUAUAUAUAUAUAUAUAUAUAUAUAU